GUCUUCAUCGGCCAUGUCGACGCGGGUAAGUCCACGACCUGCGGCAAUAUUCUGUAUCUCAGCGGCUGUGUCGACGACAGGACUUUUUGGAUGAUCGAGAAGUACCAAAAGGAGGCGAAGGACAAGAAUCGUGAUAGCUGGUUCCUGGCCUACAUCAUGGACACAAACGAGGAGGAGAAGGCGAAGGGCAAAACAGUCGAGGUCGGAAGAGCACAGUUCCAGACCGCGAAACGCCGCUUCACCAUCCUGGACGCGCCAGGGCACAAGUCCUACGUGCCCAACAUGAUUGCGGGAGCAUCGCAGGCUGACAUCGGCGUUCUGAUCAUCUCCGCGCGGAAAGGCGAGUUCGAGACCGGCUUCGAGAAGGGAGGGCAGACGAAGGAUUUUUUGGGCACGCCACGCUCGCGAAGACGCUGGGUGUAG